AUGUUCAAGCUCGUCGUAAUCUUCGCCGUCGCCGCCGUCUGCGCCGUCUCGGCGGCACCGGCCCCCGGCCUCCUGGCGUCCGCACCGGUGAUCGCCGCCGCCCCCGCCCUCGCAUACUCGGCGCAUCCCGCACCCAUCGUGCACGCGGCCCCGGUCGCCUACGCCGCUCACGCAGCAUCCCCGAUCGCCUACGCCACCCACGCAGCAGCCCCGAUCGCCUACGCCGCCCACGCAGCAGCCCCGAUCGCCUACGCCACGCACGCAGCAGCCCCGUUCGCUUACGCCGCACCUGCUGUCAGCUACAUUCACUGA